UUGCUGUAUACGUGCAUGAGGAUCAGGUCAUAGAGCUUCAUCUCGUCUAAGCAGAAGAUCAACAACCCGCUCAUUUGCCGACCAAGAUAUAAAAGGCCUGAACAAUCGAGCCUUCUCCCAUCAUCACCAACACAUUCUUUCACCUCAACGAGCCUUCUUCCAUCAUCACCAACACAUUCUUUCACCUCAACAAGCCUUCUCAUCUCUCAAACUCCAAUCAAACUCCAAAAUGCAGUUCUCUACCAUCCUCUCCCUCCUCGCCGUUGCCGGCAUGACCGUGGCUGCCCCUUCUGUCGCCCGUCGCCAAUCCAAUAACAACGUUGCGAACGGCGUCGCCAACGAUGUGCUCGAGGACGGCGUGACCGUCGACGACACCGCCAAGGACAUCAAUGCUCCGGUGGGUGCCGGUGUGCUGGGCAGCGUAAACCAGGUUGCUCCCAAGGGCGGAUUGCCUCCUUUCUAGAUAAGGUCGUGUAGGAACGAUCGAGAUGAUUGGAUAUAGUCGAGAUGAUGGUUCUAUGUGUAUUUAAGUCGUGAUGCAGUGGAUGGUGAAUGUGAGAUAGUCUUCUGGCCUUCAUGGUGGAUGUAGUCUAGUAAUAAGAGAAUGACUUUAUUGUCAAUAGAUGG